GAGGGCGGGUCUUGUUUUGUGCGUACGUAGACAUCUCUCAGCAGAACUAGAGGAGAGCUAGAGCUCUUUUGUCUUUGGGCUUUAUUUUAUAUCAUUUUCUAUCAUUUAGGUCCUAGUUUACAUUAAUACUGUAAAUAUGGUGGCGAAACAGAGGAUACGAAUGGCGAAUGAGAAGCACAGCAAAAACAUCACACAACGAGGAAACGUGGCCAAAUCAACAAGAGGAGCUCCAGAGGAGAAGGCCACAGUAGGACCCUGGCUCCUGGCUUUAUUCGUCUUUGUAGUCUGUGGAUCAGCCAUUUUCCAGAUCAUUCAGAGUAUCCGAAUGGGGAUGUAAGAAGACGACCCGACCACCACCAUCAUCAUCAUCAUCAUCAUCACUUAUUCCGCUCUUCUCUUUUCUCACUCUGCUGGCAAGGAAAAUGAUCAACUCUCAGCUCUUCAAGUCUUAUUUAAAAUAUCCAUAGCUGUUGCCACAAUACUCUGAGCUCCUCAUGUGCCUUACAGAAAUGCUGGAGGAAUGAAAAAUGUAAGAGGAAAAAUCUAAGCCAUAUCUUACAAAACAUUCCAGUCUGAUGAAGUCUGCUGCUGGAACACCAUUCUUAUUAUUGCAAACCUUUCUAACUUUUACUACAGUGAUUCUUCAGAAGAUGUUCUCUCUCUCACACUCUCUCUCUCUCUGUCCAACACCCAACACCCCACCCGAAAAAAAAAAAGGAAAAAAAAAAAAAGACUGUUUCUAGACAACAUGAAAUGUUUUAACUUGGAGAGGUGCUAAAAUAUCAGGUCUCAAUUUAGGUCAGAGUAAAUUAGUAUAGUUAAGAGAGUUGUCCUGAACUGUAAUACAGUGGAAUGUGGAGCUAUGCACCUUUUCACAUUCCUGCCAGUGUUUAUUGCUCUUCAGGACUCUUAUUUUGACCUUUUUGUUAGCUGAAAUAAAUGAAGGUCUUUAAAGUCAGGUUUAUGUAUUGGACAGCAGCAAUUUGUAAAAUUAUGUAUUGCUUUCCACAUGAAUGAUCUUUAACAAUAAAAAGGUUAAAUGGAA